AUGGCAACGGUGGAAGUGAAGCCACUAUCGGGCGAAACGACAAAAGAAGUGAUCGUUGACGUGAAAUCUGUCAUUCUUAGCGAAAUGUCAAAGGAAAUUGAAAACCAUGCCAAAUCCGUCGAUGGUGAUGAAAAAGAGGCCGAGUGCCAUCCACUUCAUAAAAUGUCCGACUACAAAAGUCAUGUGUGGAACCAAGUGGCGCAGCAGUUGCCCUGGAGUGGAGCUGGAGCGCAAAUGGCGUCAUAUGCGUGGAUCGUUAUGUACGCCUUCGAAAGAUCGACAAGACCAGCGCUCCGCUCCUCAAAAGGCGAUAAAUGGUACUACUAUUACAAGAAAAUGUCAUUUUUGGACCCCUACAUAGAGCAUCGGAACAGACGAAAGCGAGGCGAUCUUAUGACGAGUCUCAUGAAACUUGGAGGCAAUGCGGAAGGUCUCUUUGAUCCCCAGAUCACAGAGAGGAACGAUGAGGAGGAAGCUAGCGAUUCCGGAGAAGGAGAGAUUGAGGAUCGCUGUGACCCACUGAAAGAAUUUUAUGCGAGUUUUGCUGAACAGAGCAUGGCGAUGCCGUUACCAAUUGAUGUGGAGUUAUUACGAGGCUCAUCGGGGAAGAAGAGGAAACUCGAAGAGGUGCAUGAGGAAGACGUUGGAGACACAGAGGUUUCCUUAUUUGUUCGCUCGAUUGAAAAGUCGUUAAGCGGCAUGGAUGCACGUACGUUCGCUUUGGCACGAUUGGAAAUAUCUCGGGUUCUUUUUGAUUGUCAAUAUGGAGAUAGAAAACUGGUC